AUGGCAACUAAAUUCCCUAAAUUUAGUCAAGGAUUAGCACAAGAUCCAACAACUCGUCGUCUUUGGUUCGGAAUUGCAACUGCACACGAUUUCGAGACGCACGAUGGUAUGACAGAAGAGAAGCUUUACCAAAAGAUCUUCGCUUCACACUUUGGACAACUUGCAAUUAUUUUCUUAUGGACAUCAGGUAACCUUUUCCACGUAGCGUGGCAAGGUAACUUUGAAAAGUGGGGUGAAGAUCCACUUCACGUACGUCCAAUCGCACACACAAUCUGGGAUCCACACUUUGGACAACCAGCUGUUGAAGCAUUUACACGUGGAGGAGCUAGUGCUCCUGUAAACAUUGCCUACUCUGGUGUAUACCAGUGGUGGUACACAAUUGGAAUGCGUACAAAUGGAGAUCUUUAUAAUGCAUCUCUUUUCCUUCUCUUUGUAGCAGGACUUUUCCUCUUUGCAGGAUGGUUACACCUUCAACCAACAUUUGCUCCAGCACUUUCAUGGUUUAAGAACGCAGAAUCGCGUCUUAACCACCACCUUUCUGGACUUUUUGGUGUAAGUUCUCUUGCAUGGACAGGACACCUUGUACACGUAGCAAUUCCAGAAUCACGUGGACAACACGUUCGUUGGGAUAACUUCCUUACAACAUUACCACACCCUGCUGGACUUGCUCCAUUCUUCUCAGGGCAAUGGGCUGUAUAUGCACAAAACCCAGAUACAGCAAACCACAUCUUUGGAACACCUGAAGGAGCUGGAACAGCAAUCCUUACUUUCUUAGGUGGAUUCCACCCACAGACUGAAAGUCUUUGGUUAACAGAUAUGGCACACCACCACCUUGCAAUUGCGGUAGUAUUUAUCCUUGCAGGGCACCAAUACCGUACAAACUUCGGAAUUGGACACAGUAUGCGUGAAAUUCUUGAAGCGCACACACCUCCUGCUGGAGGACUUGGAGCUGGACACAAAGGUCUUUUUGACACUGUAAACAACUCUCUUCACUUCCAGCUUGGACUUGCACUUGCAUCUGUUGGAGUAAUUACAUCUCUUGUAGCACAGCACACAUACUCACUUCCUGCGUAUGCUUUCCUUGCACAAGACUUUACUACACAAGCUGCACUUUAUGCACACCACCAGUAUAUUGCUGGAUUUAUUAUGUGUGGAGCAUUUGCUCACGGAGCAAUCUUCUUUAUCCGUGACUAUGAUCCAGAGCAAAAUGAAGGAAACGUGCUUGCACGUAUGCUUGAGCAUAAAGAAGCAAUUAUUUCACACCUUAGCUGGGUAUCACUUUUCCUUGGAUUCCACACUCUUGGUCUUUACGUACACAACGACGUAAUGCAAGCAUUUGGAACACCAGAAAAGCAAAUCCUUAUUGAACCUGUAUUUGCACAAUACAUUCAAGCUGCACAAGGUAAAUCAAUCUAUGGAUUUGAUGUACUUCUUGCAUCACAAGGAAACCCUGCUAAUUUAGCAAGUCAAUCAAUUUGGCUUCCAGGAUGGCUUGAAGCAAUCAACAGUUCAAGUAACUCUCUUUUCCUUCCAAUUGGACCAGGAGAUUUCCUUGUACACCACGCGAUUGCACUUGGACUUCACACAACAACGCUUAUUCUUGUAAAAGGAGCUCUUGAUGCUCGUGGAUCUAAGCUUAUGCCAGAUAAGAAGGAUUUUGGAUACAGCUUCCCUUGUGACGGACCAGGACGUGGAGGAACAUGUGACAUCUCAGCUUGGGAUGCUUUCUACCUCGCAGUAUUCUGGGAACUUAACACAGUUUCAUGGACAGUAUUCUACUUCCACUGGAAGCACCUUGCUCUUUGGCAAGGAAACUCAGCUCAAUUUAACGAAUCAUCUACAUAUAUUAUGGGAUGGCUUCGUGAUUACCUUUGGCUUAACUCAUCUCAACUUAUUAACGGAUACAACCCGUUUGGAAUGAACAGUCUUUCGGUAUGGGCUUGGAUGUUCCUUUUUGGACACCUUAUUUAUGCAACAGGAUUCAUGUUCCUUAUUUCGUGGCGUGGAUACUGGCAAGAACUUAUUGAAACACUUGUAUGGGCACACGAGCGUACUCCGCUUGCAAACUUCGUUAAGUGGAACGAUAAGCCAGUAGCUCUUUCAAUUGUACAAGCACGUCUUGUAGGACUUACACACUUCUCUGUAGGAUUUGUGCUUACAUACGCAGCCUUUGUAAUUGCAUCAACUUCUGGUAAGUUCGGAUAA